UGUGCGGCCAGCAGCACCGCUUUCCUCUACCACGACUACUGCGUCAUCGGGGCCGGCCCCUCGGGCUUGCAGGUGGCCUAUUUCCUCCAGCAAGCUGGCCGGGACUACAUCGUCUUCGAGCGGAGCCAUGCUCCCGGCAGCUUCUUUGCCCUCUACCCUCGCCACCGCAAGCUCAUCAGCAUCAACAAGCGGUACACAGGCAAAUCCAACAGCGAGUUCAACCUCCGCCACGACUGGAACUCUCUCCUCAGCCACGACCGCCGGCUGCUUUUCCAACACUACUCCCACGACUUCUUCCCUGAUGCAGACGCGAUGGUCCAUUACCUGGAGGACUUUGCUUCCCUGCUGAAGCUGCAGGUUCAGUACAACACGGCCAUCAUCCAUGUGACGCUGGAGAGGGAUGGGCAGGCCUGGAACGGCCACUACUUCCUCCUGACUGACCAGGACAGGCAGAACUACAAGUGCAGCUCUUUGUUGGUUGCCACUGGGACGUGGGUCCCCAACGUGGUUAACUUUCCUGGCUCAGAAUACGUCGAGGGUUACGAGACUGUGUCCAUCAACCCAGAGGAUUUUGCUGGCCAAACCGUGUUGAUCUUGGGCCGAGGGAACUCAGCCUUUGAGACGGCAGAGAACAUCCUGGGCGUCACGAAUUUCAUCCACAUGGUGAGCCGGUCCCGCGUGCGCCUCUCAUGGGCCACCCACUAUGUCGGGGAUCUGAGAGCAAUUAACAAUGGCCUGCUGGACACCUACCAGCUGAAAUCUCUGGAUGGGCUUCUGGAGGGUGACCUGGAAGAUCUGGCUAUCAUCAAGGACAAGAAAGGGAAGCUGCACAUCACACUCCGGUUCUACCUAGAUAACAGGAACACCAGUGCAGGCAUUGACUCCAUCACCCUCCCGCAGGACGAACUGGACAAUUUUGCCACCCGCGCACCUUACGAUCGUGUGAUCCGCUGCCUGGGCUGGAAGUUUGACUUCUCUAUCUACAACAGAUCCCUUAGAAUGAUGCCAGGAAAAGGGAAUAAAAAGAAGUAUCCUCAGAUCAAACCUAGUUACGAGUCCAGAAGCACUCGGGGGCUCUUUGUUCUCGGCACUGCUAGUCAUUCUGUUGACUUCAGGAAAUCUGCUGGGGGCUUUAUCCAUGGAUUCCGGUAUACAACUCGUGCCGUCCACCGCCUAUUGGAAAACCGUCACCAUGGUGUCCCCUGGCCAUCCACAGUCUACCCUAUUACACAGCUGACCAAUUCCAUCAUCAAACGGGUGAACGAGGCCUCGGGCCUCUACCAGAUGUUCAGUGUCCUGGCUGACAUCAUACUGCUGAGAGAUCUUAAUGGUUGUGGUUGCAAUUCCACGGACCCAGUUGGAGUCCUGGCCGAGCUGGAAAUGCAGACGGGGAGAAAGGCUCCCAAUGGGCUGUUUGUCGUCAUCAUGGAGUACGGGAGGAAUUUCUCUGGGGCUGACAAGGAUGUCUUCUACUACAACCGAGCUGUGGGAGAGGCACAGCAUGCUUGGCAGUCCAACUUUUUGCAUCCUGUUAUUUACUAUUACAAAUCCCUCCCAACAGAGCGUGAGAUGAGACUUCGGCCCCCAGAUUGGCCUCUCCCCCGCCCAGAUGCCAUCCAUCACAUCGUGGAGGACUUUCUGACAGACUGGACAGCCCCAAAUGCUCACAUCCUGCCGCUGAGGCGGUUUUUGGAGAACUGCCUCAGCACUGACCUGCGCAAUUUCUUUGCAGAGUCCUGUUUCCUGUUUGCCUUCACCCGUCAGAAGCUGCCUCCCUUCUGUCGGCAGGGGUAUGCAAGAAUGCAAGGGCUCGUGGGGAGCGAGGGGCUCCGGCGCCACGCGGUAGAAGCCGGCCUGCUGGAGGAUUAUGCUCUCGUGGACUUUUUGGGCGACAGACUCCCCGAGAGCCGGGAGGGGUCACAGGACCAGCUGCUGAGAGAUCACGCGAUACCGGUUCAUCCGCUGCAGCAUCUCGUUAAUGCCAAGGACGAGCUUUAAGCUUUCGCUCCACGUUGCAACCCACAGGUGCUGUCGUGACAAUACCAUAACAGAGAUCCACAGCAGGAUUCUGCCCUUUCCCGCGCACCUUUUCUGUCCCCACACCUUCCACUGAUCACGAGUUGCCAAAGACCUGCUCAGAUCUUGCUGUUGCAAAGAGGACCACCGUGCUCUGAAGGAUAAGCGAGGGGCCAAAACCCAGUGACGCUGAGGCUGCCGUGUCAGCCUUGCAGGGUGCAGAGUUGCCUGAAGGUGGUGUCUGUGUUUAUCUCGCAGACCAAUACCUGCAGCGACAUCCGGAGAGUGCAGGAACGCCCAGGUAACUUAAAAUGUCACUUCUCUCUUCCAAGGUGACCUGCUCGUGCCCCGCAGCAGCCCGGCGCGGGCUCUCUGGUCUCUGCGGGCCGUACGCUGCGUAUACUUGAAGAUUUGAUAUA